AGUCGAGUCCGUUUGCCACCCGUAUAUCCAGAAUUUGAAGCUGGUUAUGGCUUCUACAGGCUCAACUGCCCAGGAUACUGGUCUGGCAGAUGGCUUAACGCCUUCCCACACUUAUAUCCCGAACCAAGGAUAUGUGAACGAAGAUGGCACUACCCCCACUAUAGCGGGGCAGGAUCCUGCGGUGCAGGACAACGAGGAGGAAGAAGAUGAUGAUGAUGAAGAAUACUAUGAUGAUAUCUUUGAAGAAGAGGAUCUUGAUGGCGAAAACUUCACCUCCUCGAAUCCCACCGAUCUAACGAAAGCGUAUAACCGCCAGCGCAAGACGAACGAGCUCGCCGCUGACCCCAGUGCCCCGAAAUGGACUUAUCCCAAGACGAACGCUCAAAAGCCUAGCAUUAACACACGUGCUUCGGUUGACGAUCAAAUCAAGUCCUUGACUCGCCAUGCCACCAAGCUCAAACUUGACGAUAUGCAGUCCGGACUGUCGGUUCGGGGUGAUCGCGGCAAUGACAGAGCCGAUAGAGCAACUUCGGAGCAGGUGUUGGACCCCCGUACAAGAAUGCUUCUGCUGCAGAUGAUCAACCGUAAUAUUGUCUCGGAGAUCCACGGAUGUCUCUCCACGGGUAAAGAAGCCAACGUAUACUACUCUAUGCUGUUUCCAGAGGAGGAGGAUGCUAGCCCAGUGCACCGUGCGAUCAAAGUCUACAAAACUAGUAUCUUGGUCUUCAAGGACAGAGAUAAGUACGUGACGGGAGAGUUCAGGUUCAGGCAGGGCUACAGCAAGAGUAACAACCGCGCGAUGGUGAAACUCUGGGCCGAGAAGGAAAUGCGGAACCUUCGAAGAAUCUACGCAUCUGGUAUUCCUUGCCCGGAGCCUAUCUUUUUGCGCCUUCAUGUGCUUGUCAUGGCUUUUCUUGGUAACUCGAAGGGUAUCGCGUCUCCUCGGUUGAAGGACGUUGAAUUCGAUUUCCCUAACCCCGAGACCCGGUGGCGCGAACUCUACAUCGAUCUGCUUGGCUAUAUGCGCGUUAUGUAUCAGACAUGUCACCUAGUUCACGCCGAUCUGAGCGAGUAUAACAUGCUUUAUCACAAGAAGAAACUCCACAUCAUCGAUGUUAGUCAGAGUGUGGAGCAUGACCAUCCUCGGAGUUUGGAAUUCCUGCGCAUGGAUAUCAAGAAUAUUAGCGACUUUUUCCGUCGCAAGUCCGUCGAUAUAUUGCCGGAACGGACUGUCUUCGAGUACGUUAUUUCGGCUGAUGGCCCGGCUACUGUGGCUGAGAGCGAAGAAAUGCACGAGGCCAUUGAAAAACUCUUCUUGGCAAGAGCCGAGAGACCGGAUGAGGAAGUAGACGCCGCUGUUUUCCGUCAACAAUAUAUCCCGCAGACGCUGGAGCAGGUGUACGACAUCGAGCGUGAUGCUGAGCAGGUUCAUGCUGGCAAGGGCGAAGACCUCAUCUACCGGGACCUCCUUGCAGGUGGCAAAUCUACUGGACGGCCGGACGAUGCGGAGAGUGAGGCCGGAUCCGACGUGAGCGGCGGAGUCUCCGUAGAAGGCUCAGGGUCGGAAGAUGACGAAAGAGAUCUUUUCGAGAAGGGCGCCCCGCGUGGCAAGCGAUUUGUGGACAAGGACACUAAGCGCGACCACAAGCAGAAGGUGAAGGAAGAAAAGCGCGAGAAACGUGCCAACAAGAUGCCAAAGCAUAUGAAGAAACGUCUGGUGUCUACAUCGUCGAAGAAGAAGAAAUGAGCGUGAUUUCUUUCCAGUACUUAUCAGGGUUUAACAAAAGUUUACGCAUGGUUCCAGGCUUAGGAUGGGGUUUCAUUGCGCACGAUCUCAUGAGAUUUAUGACCGGAAAUUUUGAUGGAUAGAAAUAAUGGUUCGACGCAUAUAAAGGGAAUAUCACACGAGCAUAUAGAUCUACAAAGAGAAAAUAUAAAAACGACGACCAUUUCAGCAUCUGUUAUAAACCCUUGUCUAGCGAACUCAAUCGAAGGCCAGUAGAUUCUGGUAAGUAGAUGUGUACUCGCACUACUCAAGCAAGAUCAAUUGCAGAGCUCUUGGGCAAAGCCCCGGGCGUA